UGGGCAUCGAAGCUCAACGAUGGGUGAGUGCCUAAAACUUCCGCGCCUCCUCCUCUUCGGAAUGUCAGCUGCAGUCUACACAGCACGCAUACCUGUCGCUUGAUAAAUGUGCCCACUUUUGGGUUGUGUUUCAGAGUCUCACAAGAGGGAGGGGGUCUAGCAUUUCAACCUUUUCCCCUGCGCCCUGAUGUUCUCGCCCAGGUCUGCCUCACCUUUACUGACAACGUUGUCGCACCACUUAGCUCCGUCCCAGACGCUGCCAGACCAUUUCCACGAUCCUUCCUUAAAGUUUUCCCCGCGAUCUGCCCCGCGACUUAAUACCCACGACGGUAACGGCGACGAUGAUGGUGAUAAUGGCGGGUGGGAUAAUACUCUUAGACCUAUAGCCCACGACCCUUCUACCUCCCGCGUCAUUGCGCACUCGCGCGAGUCCUCCCUCGAGAAGCUUCAGUCUGGUUCACUAGCCGGAAUCCCUGAAUCCCCCCAAUCCACUUCGGCUUCCUCCACGAUCAACUCCCCCGGCUUACGUUCAGCCGCAUCGCGUCCAAGCCCCGGUGGCAUAUUCGAACGUCUCGCCGAUCCGAAGGCGGCGGCCUACGGACACCAUCGUCAGACUUCUAUUGUUCAUGGCAUUCAACACUCGAGGAAUGGGAGUCUCGCAAGUUCGUCUUCGAGUCCUCUUAGUCCGCAGAUGAUAGCGGCGGCCGGUGCUGGACUUUUGCCGGAUCGUCCAGACUUGUCCACGAUGAACCGCUUAGAUUCAGAAUUGUCAACGCCAUCCUCUAUGGCCUCGAUGGCUUCGAUAGCCUCCCGGCCACUGACCGCCUUGUCGGGCACCACGGCCAACGCCUCUAUCCAUUCUACCGAAAAGGCAGAGUCUUUAACCAUACGGUCUACCCAGGAUAAUAGCAGCAGCAGUGGUACUAUCACGCAGAGAAAGGUCGAGCGUAUGCAUAGCAAAACCCGGCGCGACCAUAAUCACCACCAUUCGCAUUCGUCGAGACAUCAUAGGGAUGAACCUAAAACAGUAGGCGAAUAUGCGAUGCAUGUAUUGUUUACAUCGUUUAUUGCUAUGGCUGAGGAUAAGCUCCAGGAUUGUAUCACGAAACUCUCCGAUCCUGAGCCGUCUAUCGAACAGAUAUGCGGCCCUGGAGCAGAUCCAGCUUUUGACCGGUUUAUUAUUGCUCUCGGUCAUAUUGCAAGUCAAAAACCGAGGCCAUUGAUCGAUUCUAUUAUGCUUUGGCGAAAGCAUAAAAGUGAGGCUGCUAAUGAGGCACGUGGUAAUUUGCACCAGAUGAGAUCCAAUCUACCUACCGCUUCUCUGGUGAGGCGAAAUACGGAGCCAUUACAGCUCCUCACUGGCAACCCAGGUGAUACGGCAUCCAAUGGAACGCAUACUCUUGAAGAUAAGCAGAAUGAGGCAGCUAAUGCUGAACGUCGCUCUAUCGUAUCCAUUUAUAUCCUAUGCCGAGUUCUUUUGGAAGUUAUUAGCCAGAGCAGCCUCAGCUCUAUAACCCCCGAGAUGGAAGACAAGCUCGAGGCUAUCAUAUUUGGCCAGCUUAAGAUCGCUGACAUAGAACAGCUAUACGUAUCCCCACUCAAGCUGGCUAAUUGGAACCUGUUCGCCCAACUGCUUGGAGCCAUGAGUGUAAUCAACUUUUCCAGUGUUGCAGAUCGAUUUAUUGCCGACCUUAGUCGUUCACUCUCGGACCUCACUGUUAGAAGUCCGACGACCCCAGUUAGGGAUCCGGAGGGACAAGUGGAGUUGGUGCUGGGAGGUAUGAAGCACCUACAUAUCAAAAUUGACACCGACGAAAGCUGGGACCAGGCGUGCGGCUUCUUGGUGUCCCUGGGUAAGCUGUUUGCUCAAUCUCACGGCCAAAAAGUGAAAUCUGCGUUUUGCCAGAUAUUGGAUACGCUGCUUCUUCCCAUUGCUGCCAAAGCUACCAACAAACACUUCUCCUACCUGAAGUGGUCGGAAGUGCUAAGCAAUAUAAGCCCUCGCCUAGCGACGAUGUUUGUAAAACCGCGCCAUUGGUUGGCUGCGUUCCCAUUGACGGCAACGAUGCUUUGUGUGUCGUCCCCAGAGAAUCUCAGUAACCAAUGGCUCCAGCUGGUUCGUACGGUCCAACCAAGACUCAAAGAUCGUGCCAUGCGUCCUCUAUGCUUGCAAGUCAUCUCAAGGCUUCUAUGGGCCUACCUAUACCGAACUAAUGAAUCCACGGCUGUGGCUACUCGGAAACUAGAUGAGGUGUUACAGCUUGUCUUGCCUAGCUCUAAACGUACUUUUUCGGCUGCAGACACGGCAUCUACUGGACCCUUGAUACAAAUCAUUAGAAUCAUUGGUUAUAAAUACCCGGACUAUUGCUGCACAAAUAUCAUCUUCCCCUUAAUUAAUGCCGAACUUUUCAAUCUGAACAAAGAGCUGAAGGUCGAUCAACUUGAACCGGAUAGGAUGGUUAUUGGAAUCAGGGCAUUCCUUGCAAUCAUGACGGAUCUAGAAAAGGGUGAACUUGGACGACCUCCAUUUCCGCAGCAUUAUCCCCCCAUUCCCACCUCCGAUCGGGUUCCUCCAAGCUCACCAGCAUCGACUUCAGCUUCUAGUGUGAUUCCCUCAAGUCCACUCUUACCUGACCGUGAUGAAUCUUUGUCACGGCCUGUGCAAUUAGGCGCUUUAAGCGAUGUUGCGAAAGCCAACUAUAAAAAAUUCUCAGAAAUCCUUGGUAAAAUUACGAUCAUCUGCGAUAACGCGUUCGGAGGCCAAGCUGCGCUCGAUGAGAAGUUCAGCAGUCCGGGAGGAGGCCCGAAGACCCCCAUUGCUGAGACGUUUAACUUCUCACGACGCGAUGACCAUCCAAGCCCUGCCGACCAGAAACAGGCUUUCUACGAACUUCUUCAUGUUGCUGUACAGGCAUUGCCCCGUUGUCUACCUGCUGAUAUACAAUUUAAUUCCCUCAUCAACCUCCUCUGUACAGGAACUGCGCAUGUUCAAUCUAAUAUCGCUGAAUCAUCUGCCCAAUCUCUCAAAUCCAUUGCUCGACAGUCAUAUGCCCACCAAGUUACUGUUGGAUUUGCUAGAUUUAUCUUCAACUUUGAUGAUCGUUAUUCUACAAUGUCUGAUGGUGGGAUGCUAGGACCUGGUCAUAUUGAAUCUACUCUACGACUUUACGUCGAAUUAUUACAGAUAUGGAGGGACGAGAUACGACGAAAGACUAAAGAUGCUGCAUCUGAUCCUACGGAUCUAAACGGUGCUGAUAAACGAGGUAUGAAAUUAGACUUGUCUAGCAUCUGGGCAGAGGUCGAACAUGUUGAAGCUCGCGGUCUAUUCUUCCUGUGCUCACAAUCACGAAGAGUACGGCAUUUUGCGAUCACGGUUCUUCGAUUGAUCGUCGAAUUCGAUAAUGCCCUGGGCAAGAAUAGCGAAGAAGAGAAGGAUACCGUCCGCCUCAUUGAUAUCUUAGAAAAUGAUUCUGUACAAGUGAUGAAUUUCAAAGACGAACAUCUAUCCAUAGCAGAGCGAAGCCGACUGCAAAGGGGUAUGCAGAACAGCAACAACAAAGGGGCUCUGAUAGAGCUUUGCACCAGCGACGUCUCCUAUGAUACGACCCUCUGGUUCAAGAUUUUCCCUAAUUUCAUACGGAUUGCCUACGAUCGAUGCCCUUUUACUGUGACUAUCGGUCGCGAUUUGGUGUGCAACCGAAUUCUACAGAUGUAUAAGGGCAUCGUAGUUCUGUCAGAGCCGACCCGAGGCCUCUACUAUGGAGCUGAGCCUAAUAGCGCUCGAUAUACGGGAAGAACGCCGACUACGCAACCCGACGUGCUCAUUGAACAGUGGAAGUUGUAUCUGGCUUUCGCCUGCACAACUUUAACCGACUCGGGGACGGCUAUGAAUGGUGCUUCACAGGGAAGCCAACAUGCACGAAAGGGGUCUAAGUCUGCUGACAAGAUUGUGUCGGCGAGAACACUCUUCAAAUUCUUAAUACCGUUGCUAUUCGCUUCUUCGCGCUCUGUCCGAGAGGCCGUCGUGCUUGCUAUGGGCUCCAUCAAUAUUAACAUAUAUCGAACGCUGCUCGAAGAAUUACAAGGGCACGUUUCCCGAUGCAACGAAGAAGCCCGUGCCCGAAUACAUCAGCGAACCAGCAGCGGUCCACGAAGGAAUCCAAAGAUGGAUACACUAAGAGCAGAGCUCACCCAUGUGUACAAGCUGACGUGCCACUUUCUAAAAGAACCCGAGAUCUACCAAGACGAUUGGAUCCUCAGUAACCUCUGUACUUAUACCAAAGAUAUUAAGCUCUUCUUAAUGGAUGGCGAGGUUCAGAUGGAUUGGGAGUUCCAGAAACUAAGACAACACUACUGCGGCCUGGUCGAAGGGCUCUUUGACGGCAUUAACCGUACGAAAGACCCGUCCCGUUGGAUGACGUUCGAGUCGCGGAAGUCUUCCUUCACCCUGAUGGAGGACUGGUGCGGGUUCUCACCCAAUCAGAUGCAGAUCCGCGCAAGGGAAGACACGAUGCGACAGUCUCUGAUCGACAAGAAAUCACUGGGUGAACGUGGUCCUAUCUCGGCCGGCAUGGAAAUAGAGAAGAGAAACCUGAAGACGGCAGCUCUGAGCGCUAUGGCGGCUCUUUGUGCCGGCCCAGUCAGUGUGACAACCGAAAGCGGCGCUACCCUCCACUUCGAUAUGAGACGGAUGCUUAACUGGGUGGACUCGAUCUUUAGCUCUGGGAGCGAUCGAGUCAACGUUAUUGGGAGAAGAGCACUGAAGAACCUGAUUGUUUACAACCAAGACCACCCAUAUCUCCUAGAGCAUUGUAUUGCACGAUGCUACAUAACAGAAGUGCCGAAGGUGCUGGAAAGCUAUUUCACGGUCAUCACUGAAGUGCUACGAGAGCAUAUCGAUUACCCGUCACCCUUCUGGAAGCUAUUAGGACUGUGUCUGUUCACUCUUGGAAGUGACCAGAGCGACAUCCGAUCCAAAUCCGCACACGUUCUCGAAGCGCUGGAGGAGAGACAGCAAGCGGCACAGAACUCCAAGAUAUCGGAUUUUGAGAUCAGCAUCGCGGACAAGACCAAGGCAGUCUACAAGCUGGCCCAAUUCGAGAUUUCGAAACGGCUGGCCAAGCAGCAUCCGGAGCUCGCCUUCCACGUCUUCUCCGAAGUGACGCUCUACUUCAAGAGCCUGCCCUCGGCCGCGCAACGGAAUGUCGUCGCCGUCAUCUUGCCCUGGAUCCAGACGAUCGAGUUGAAAGUCGACCCGAACGGCGGGCCUACGGCGCAAUCUUACGUGCUCCUCGCCAAUCUGCUCGAAGUCACCAUCAAGUCCAGCGCGGCGCUGCAUAACGAAGUACAGGCGCUCUGGCAAGCCCUCGCAACUGGACCGCAUCCCGGAAAUGUUCGGCUCGUGCUUGAUUUCAUAAUCUCCCUCUGCUUAGAACGAAGAGAGCAAAACUUCGUCGAGUAUGCCAAGCAGAUCGUCGUGUUCCUGUCAAGCACGCCUAGCACGCCCGGUAUCAAGGUAGUUGAAUUUCUGCUCAUGCAGAUCACCCCAAAGGCAAUGGUCCCCAACGAGAAGAGAGAGGUUGUCCAGUCGCCCCCCGACAUUAGCCAGCUGCAGUUACCUUACUGUGCUGAUCUGUCAGAGGCCUUGCCCGUCGGUACGAAGCAGGCCGGUUUUUCCCUGGGACAAUUAUCUCUGAUCCUCCUAGUCGACUUGAUGGUGUCUCCGGUGCAGCUGGAUCGUAACAAUCUAAUUGUCUUGUUGCAAGUCGUCACCGUGCUUUGGGAUCACUACACCCCUCUCGUCCAAGAACAAGCUCGCGAGAUGUUGGUACAUUUGAUCCACGAGCUAGUCGUCUCCAAGAUGGAUGAUGGCACUCCCCUAGAGACGAAGAAGUCCGUUGAGGACGUCGUCGAUGCAAUUCGACGCCACGAUCGUGCGGUAGUCUGGAGCUACGAAGAGAGUAAUGGGAAAGUGGACGGCCGCGACAACAAGGUCCCACGAAGUAUGGAGCAUCUCACCGCGGAAGUUGUCAAGACUUUUGAAGUUACCUUCCCGGGAAUCAAAGAAGAAUGGAGCCGUCUCUCGCUCACUUGGGCAACAUCUUGUCCGGUUAGGCACCUAGCGUGCCGCUCGUUUCAAAUAUUCCGUUGCAUUCUUACCUCGCUCGACCAGUUCAUGUUGGGCGAUAUGCUUGCAAGAUUGUCCAACACCAUCGCUGAUGAAGAUACCGAAAUUCAGACAUUUUCCAUGGAAAUCUUGACUACCCUGAAAACGCUCAUUUCGAAACUCGAACCUGAGAAACUCACGUCCUUCCCUCAGUUAUUCUGGACGAUGUGUUCAUGUUUAGAUUCGAUUAACGAGGUCGAGUUCCUCGAAGCGGUCGAGAUGCUUAACGAAUACUUGGAGAAACUCGAUUUUCACUCACCGAGCGUUCGACGAGCCCUUAUGGACGGCCAGCCUCCAAGAUGGGAAGGCACAUUUGAAGGUGUCCAGCCAUUACUCGCCAAGGGCCUUAGGUCGUCCAUCUGUCUUCAGCCUACUCUGGAUACCCUAGACAAGCUUGUUCAGCUACCGAGUGGCAGGCUUAUUGGAAACGACAAUAGACUCUUUUUCUCUAUUCUUGCAAAUUUCCCUCGCUUCUUGCAAGCCAUGGAGCAAGACGUUGUCGACAAUGGAACCCUACACAGUGCAGAAAUCCUCUUCUCUGUCGCCGAUGCUCAAGGAAUGGCAUCCAUCUGUGCUGCUUUAGGAGGAUUCGUCGAUUCGAUAUAUCGUUCGAGUAGGGAUUUUAUGACCCAGUUGCUUGCCGCACUUCGCGAAUACUUCCUGCCGCAGCUCGACUUCAGCCUGCUAACGACAUUGAUGGGUUACCUGACAAAUAGCUUGCCCUGGAUGAAGAUCAUGACCAUGCGACUCCUCUGCGUCGUCAUUCCGGAAAUCGAAAUGCGCAAGCCCGAGAUUGCCAGCCACGGCUCCGACUUGAUCUCCCCGCUCUUCAGAUUACUCCAGACCGAGUACUGCAUGGAAGCACUGGAGGUACUCGACAACAUCAUGACUAUGUCUGGAACUCCGAUGGAUAAACAUUAUGUCCGGAUGAGUAUGACUAGCGCGGCGUCUAAGGACAGGAAAGAUUACGAGACCACUCAGAGUCUAUUUGGCAUUCCGGAAGAGUCCGGCUGGUCGAUUCCGAUCCCGGCGAAGAAGACGGAGCUCACACGAGCUAAUAUUCAUGCCGCGUUCUACAUGUGUCAGGCAAACCCGGAGAAUGGUACACCUACAAACCCGACACCAACUGAAGAAGUCGAGUUUCAUGAGGACAACUACCGUUACGGCUAUUUCGACAUGCCGGAUCGAACCGAAACCAUGAUGUCAGACGAUGCUCAGGGCGAGGGUCAGAUCGCCGACUUAGUGACGAAGCUCGAUAGCCUCGACGAUUUCUUUGACGACAUGUCGCAAACCUCACCUAGCGAAGGCCGCUCAUCCAGAACCGUGACCGAAUUCGGACCCGACAGCUAUGAGUCCGGCGCGCGGCUCUACGAUGACGUCCUCCCCAUCCUACACCAGGCUUCGACCAACACCUCAUUUCAAAACGGCUUCGUCGAUCGAGUCCCUAUGACCAAGGAAGGCAAGCCUAACACCAUGAACCCGGGGGCCUUCAACCUCAACCUCAACCCCGCGGCGCUGGCUAGACCGGGGCUGCACUCGCGCUCGAUCACCUCCCCGUCCGCACCCGCAUCAUGGACGCCGCCUCAUCUCAGCGAGCUAACAUCAGACGACGAAUUGACCGAGGACGUGUUCUCGGAUGGCGACGACGACAGGCCGGCCAACGGAGCCCCCGAGAGCUCGUUCUUCCUGGAGAAUAUGAUAAAGCCGAUCGCGAAUACAACCAGGACGCACAUGCGCCGGCUGACUGGGGGCGGAAGGUCGAGAGACCACGCUGAGAAGCAGAGGGAGCUGUUCCGUGCGAGGCAACAGCAGACUUCACCGCAGGUGCCGAAGGUGCCGAACUCGUUCUUGCAGCAUAAGGCUAGCCCAUCGACGGGUGAAAUGCUGUGAGGGUGGAUUCUGAUGUGAGAUGAGGUGUGAUGGGGUGUAGGGACGGAGGAUGGAAGAUAUGAAUGGGAUUUACGAGUCAGACCUAGAUGGGAUGUAAACGAGGGGACGAGGGAUGACAGUAUGUGAGCACGCGAGCACGUUAACUAAUCUAAGGACACCGAGAUGCAUGAUAUGAUAUGAUAUGGUAUUUGUGGGUUAUACCUGAUGAGUAAUGCAGCGGUAAGCAUAGAAAGAGGAAGAGAAGCGGUAGGAUAUAUCUUAUUGGAUCUUAAGAUGUACGAGGGGAUUGUCCUCGCGAGCGAUGUAUACCAUGUGUAGAAUAGAGUAUCUAUUCUGGGCCCUUGAUGAGCCUAAAAAUACCGGUCAAUAUGAAACGCAUUGAUUUGCCGGAUACACGGAGGCUAUUGUUACAUGAAUGUGAAAUGUUGAGAUAUUUGUAGUUUGCACAUUUGUAACGAAAAAGGGGUUCAGGGGACAUCAGGUUAAAGAGCGGGAGACCUAAAG